GUAAGUUCAAGACGAAAAAAAUUCCAAAAUAAAAAUAAAUUAUCACGCGAGCUUCGGGCAAUGUUUCUAACUGAGACCAUGACAGAUAGUGUGUGCAUAUUUUGCUUAGACGAACAGCGACGGCCUCGCCGGAUACGCUGCGGACACUCUUUCUGCACGGAAUGCUUCGAGCGCUACUUGCAGGUGGGACUUGACACUCGCUGCCCCUUGUGCCGGCAGGACUUUCGAACCCAUGCAGGAGGAGAGCCUCCCGCUAAUGCGCCCAACACUGGGCAGUACCCAUUGGACGAGGACGACUUGGCCAUGGACCUGACUGAAGACUUUGGAUCCCUUUCCAGCAUUGACACUCUGCAGACAGACACUCUGUGGCUGACCCUCACGGAGCAGGAGUGCCGCUUCUUCGAUGAGCUCUACAGGGAGGUGCAACUGGAGGACGAACAACGACUAUAAUAGAUCUCUGAAAAUUACUCUGUUACCGAACACUGUGGUGCUCGAAUGGAGCUUCUUCAGGGACCUAUUUAGGUAGAUGCACUGGAAGGUGUGCUGCUGGUAGAACUGUGAUUUCUGUUUUUGUUUUUCGUUAGUAUUUAAGUAAUUUAUUUAUUGCCAUUAAAUAGCGUUUUAGACAUUCUAUGAAACCUUAUAA